GUCGGUGUGUGUUCGUCUCAACGUAGCACGAAACGUGUCUCCUCUCAGCAAAGACACACACACUAACGUGAGACGUGCUGGAUAACGGUUUUUUUUGCUAUUGAAAGUUUUGUUUUUGUCGCCUUAAUACGGCUUCGAUGCUAUACUAUGUAUAUUAAAACAUUCCGCUUGUAAAACGCAAUAUUUAUUAGCCAAGAGCAGUCGACUUCGUUUCUACCGAAGAGUGUCCGCUUCUCCUCCCCUCGAUGAAGCGCUGCGAUGCCCUCUGAUUUUAUAUCCCUCCUUAGCUCGGAUAUCGACCUCAAUUCCCCCAAAUCUCUAUACUCUAAAGAGUCGGUAUAUGACCUCCUCCCCAAAGAGCUCCAGCUCCAGCCGUCGUCCGCCCAGACAGACCCACCCACCAUGAGCCAGAAGAGUGGGGGAGAGGCGGGACCUCCCCCCUCUGCAGCCGUGGCCUCAGAUGCCACCUCUUCCACCUCCAGCCCCUCUGCCUCUUCCUCCCUGGCCAUGGGAGUUCCGUCCUCUGGCCCCUCUACCUCAUCCUCAGACCACCUCAAGGUUGCCCAGCAUCUCCACUCCACUGGAGGGGAUGGAGCUGGAGCUUCAGAGAUGCAAGGUAUGGAGGGUGCUGUAUCUGCCCCCAGCAGAGGCAACAGUGGAGCAAACACCGCAGCAGGGGACAUAGGGUCAGGAGUGUUGUCAGGGCUAGGAGUCCAGCAGCCUCAGAACACCCCCUCUAAACGAAGGCCUGUGUUGAGCAUAUCCCCACCACCUGAGGACCUGUUUGACGACAGCCAGAUGUCUUGCCAAGAGGAACCUGCCGUAUCUGGUGCACCAGGGCCAGACUCGGAACAUAGCAGCAGCAUGUGGGCUGAUGAUUCUGUCUCCAACUUCAGCUUGAUCAGUUCCAUCUCCUACAAUGACAACACAGAGGUACCACGCAAAUCUAGAAAACGCACCCCUCGACAGCGGCCUGGUCCCAAACCUGCUCCUCCGGAGGACAGCAUGGAUGUGUUCGAUGCUGACAGCGCCAAGGCCCCUCACUUUGUCCUAUCCCAGCUGGGCACAGACAAGACCAGUCCCAUUGCCAGCUCUCUUGAGUCAGGGACUGCAGUUAAAGGGGGGUCACUGUCUGCUCAGUUUCCCCAGAGGAGUGAUGGGAAGGAGCUAAAGAUCCUUGUGCAGCCAGAGACCCAGCACAGAGCUCGCUAUCUGACCGAGGGUAGCAGAGGUUCUGUCAAAGAUCGCACACAGCAGGGAUUCCCCACUGUCAAGUUGGAGGGUGUUGGCGAACCGGUUGUGCUGCAGGUGUUUGUAGCAAACGAUGCAGGCAGAGUGAAGCCUCACGGUUUCUACCAGGCGUGCAGAGUGACGGGACGCAACACCACUGCCUGCAAGGAGGUGGAAAUAGAGGGCACCAUUGUUAUUGAAAUUCCUCUGGAGCCCAGCAAUGACAUGAUGCUUGCGGUGGACUGUGUAGGUAUUUUGAAGCUGCGUAAUGCUGAUGUGGAGGCCCGUAUUGGAGUGGCAGGGUCCAAAAAGAAGAGCACACGUGCCAGAUUGGCCUUCAGAGUUAAUAUCCCUCAGCCUGAUGGAUCAGUUCUUACUUUACAGGUCCCCUCAUCGCCCAUCCUCUGCACCCAGCCAGCAGGAGUGCCAGAGAUCCUGAAAAAGAGUCUUCACAGCUGCUCUGUAAGAGGAGGAGAGGAAGUUUUUAUAAUUGGAAAGAACUUCCUCAAAGGAACCAAAGUUGUUUUCCAAGAGAACAUUGCAGAUGAUAAUUCCUGGCAAGCUGAGGCAGAGAUCGACAUGGACCUUUUUCAUCAGAAUCAUUUGAUAGUGGAAGUCCCUCCGUUCCACAACCAGUCGAUCACGUCUCCUGUUUCUGUGGGAAUCUUUGUGAUGACCAAUGCUGGUAGAUCGCAUGAGGCUCAGCCUUUCACCUACACUCCAGAGUCAGCUGCAGCUGAUAACUCAAACAUCCGGACAGUGAAAACAGAGAGUCCUUCACUGGUCACAACCUGUAUAUUUGAUGGCCAGAUCAAGUCUAUGUCAUCUGAGCGAACUGACUGCACUGGCCAACCUUCAAAACGGGAGGACACACCAAUGGAGGUGUCUAGCAAUCCACCACCAACAGAUAUCUUCAAACCAUCCACUGACCCUCUCAUCUCAGUGCAGCAGACCCUGGAGCUCAGCCCUAGUCCUCAUCAAGGUGGAGAGUCCUUUCAGAACCCGAUGCCCCUGCAACCUGAAGAUGUGGAGCUUCCCCAGGCACCUCCUGUCUUCCCUAGUUUGGAGUCUCUCAGCACCAUACAAAAGCAAGACAUUGCCCCCCCAACCUCCUUCCCAGUAUCAGGAGACACCACAAUCCCUCCUGUGACACCAGAAGUCCCUCAGCAGUUCCUCAGAGACCCUCAGGAAAGCUUGCCAACCGAAAGUUCGAAUAAUGGCGGCGGGGUUGUGGUUGUAGCCAUGCCCCAGAUAGCUGCUCCCUCUCAAACGCAGCCACAACAGUCACAGGUUCCCCUCUUUCCCCAGGAAGGGGUGGCCCAGCUAGAGAGGGCAGUAAGGGAGCUACAGGCUGGAGGUAACACCACACUCCAGCAGGUGUUGGAGGCAGCUGUGGCCCAGCAGCAGCUGAACUCUGUGCUGUAUAGCCCCACACCCUCUGCAGAGUCCCUUCAGCAGCAUGUCCAGGAGAACAUGAACAGCCUCAGACUGGGAACUACAGAGAAUUCUCUAUCAGCACAGCAGCAGCUACAGAUACAACAGCAACAGCAAAUACAACAACAGCAGCAGCAGCAACAACAAAUACAGCAGCAGUUUCAACAACAUCAGCAACUGCAGCAACAACAGCAAAUCCUUGGAAACCUUCAGCAUCAACAACAGCAGCAACACCUGCAGCAGCAACAGCAGCAAGUCCUCAACAACAUGCAGAUCCAACAACAACUUAUAUUACAGCCACAAGAUCAACAGCAACUGCAGCAACAGCAAAUCAUGGAGAAUAUUCAACAGCAGCAACAACAGCUGCAACAAAAUCAGCAACAGCAGGUCCUUAAUAAUAUUCAACUUCAGGAUCAGCAACAACAAAAUCAAAUUCUCACCAAUUUACAACAACAUCAACUACAACAGCAGCAGCAACAACAGCAGCAGCAGCAAAAUCAAGCACUAAGCAACCUGCAGCAGCAGCAGCAACAACUGCAAGAGCAGCAGGUCUUGGAGAAUUUACAGCAGCAUCUUCAGGCUGAGUUGCUCCAGCCCCAGAUCCACUCCUCCCCCCAAGUACAGCAGCCAGUCUCCCUCCUUCAACAGGCUGGAGAACUUCUUACCAUCCAGACCAGCUUCCCAACACAACCUCCAUCUCACACUUCUCCUCCACAGCAACUCUUCCAGUCGCCCAGGCCGCUGGCUGACAACCAGGGCUCCCAACAGCAGGUCCAGGCUGCCCUGCUCCAAAACACACUGACUGUUCUCACUGGUUGCAGUCUCAGCUCAGAGCAGCAGUCCACAGGGUCAGCUUUAUACCUGUCCCCAAAUCCUCAGCCCCAACAACAACAGCAGCAGCAGCAGCAACUGGCAUUCAUUUCUUCCAUGGAGACGUCUACCAGUCAGCCUCAGUCUGUCUCAAUGUUUCAGAAUCAACCCCAAGCUCAGCUUUCCCAAAUGCAGCAACAGAGCACUCCCAUGGAGCAGCAGCAAUCUCCACAGCAGAACCAACAGCAGCCACCACAGCUUCCGAUGGGACAGCAAAGCUCCUUAUUCCAAAGUAUCCCAAACCACUCACAGCCCAACCCUGUUCCCCAGAGCCAACUCUCACAACCCCAACAAACAGGUCUGCUUCUCUGUACCACUGAUCUUAACCCCCAGGCUAUUCCCCCAACUAUUCUCUUCAGCACACAGACCCAAGGCCCUUCCCCAAUGGGGAGCAUAAGUGUUGGAAUCCCCCAACAAGACUCAGCUGAGCCCAUGUCCUUCCAAGACCAGAGCUCUUCAGGCAGCAACACAACAUCCACUGAGAACCAACAGCAGAGCCUUUUCCAGGAACAGCAGCCAAUGCAAGUGGGCCCAAGCCGCAUCCCAAACAGUCAACCUGUGGAGCUGUUCUUACCACAGCCGUCUCUGUCCAGCCUGCAGACCACUAUUGGCUCACAGGAGCUCAACAACCAGGCUCCAGCCCCUGGCACAACCAUCUUUGUGGUCCAGGGUGGUGUGGGUGUGGUAGCCAACCCUGGCCAGCAGCCUCCAGAGCAGCUUUUCCAGACAACCGUGGGUGGCAGUGUGACUCCACAGGGACAAGCCAACCUGUUUGUUUUUGGCAUCCAGAACGACUCAUCCCAGCUGCUCAGUUCUUCCGGAGCCACCCUGCCACCCCAGAGCCAGGCUCAGAACUCCAGUCACAUGCAGCCUCUGUUGGAUCAGCCCAUGGCCCAAGCUGCCUCUUCGAUGCCAGCAACCAUGCACAGCAAUUUGCAGAACACCCUCCAGGCACAAAUGCAGUCCAGCUUAGAGAAUGCCAUGCAGACAAACACACAAACAGCUCUGCAGUCCAGUUUACAGGCAACCAUAGAAUCAAGCCUGCCGACUCAAAUGCAGACACAGAUACAGAGCAGCUUACAGAAUCAGUUGCAGGCAUCUAUAUCUGCAUCAUCCAACAUGGAUAAAAUUGAGGACCUACUGGAAACCCUACAGAAGCAGUGAUACAUGCUUGGACCAUGUGGGCACUAAGGACAGUGAGUGAUAUGUAGCCAAGAGUUGUAUAUCCUAAAAUAAACAAACAGAAUGGCGGUGCAAGUUUUGUGCUAGUGCCACAAAACUUAGAAAAUUUUAAAUAUUUAAGAAUUUAAAUGCCCCUUUUACUGAAAACCCAAAUUAUGACCUCAUGUAAGUUUGUUUUUAUGAAAUAUUUAUCAUUAAUUAUAGCCUCCGUCCCUCCAUUGUUCUUGAAUUGAUGAAUCCGCCUUUGUUAUUACCCCUCUUGCAGGAUCAGAGAGGCCUGUAAUAACUGCUUUAUCCAUCAGUCUCGAAAAUGCAGUGUUUUGUUGUCAGAGUGUUUUAAUAAUGUGAGCCUAAGAGAUGAUGAUGAUUUAAAAACCUACCAGGUUUGGUGGAAAAACUGGAAAGGGAUACAGAAUGUCAGCAGCAGGGAAACGGGAAUAGUAACAUGAUGGCGAGUAGUCUGUAAGAGCAGGCAGAGUAGAUAGGCAGCCAGUUAUGGAGUGAAUAUCAGAUUGCACAUAAGUGUCAGAUAAAGGCGGAAUCUCAUUUUGUGAGUGUGUAAACUCCAAGCCUUCCUUUCAGUCUGAGAAGAAAAUGCUGUGAGUUGUAUUUUUUCUUUGCCUUUCGUCAAGUGAAGCGGCAGUUAAAACGAUAAGUUACCCGGCAUAAAAACAGAUCAUGUUACAACCACUUGAUUUAAACUUCUUUUGACGUGAACAACACAAGCAUUUUUGCGAUUAAUCAAACUUUGUGUUUGCAUGUCAACAACUUGACUAAGAUCUACUCUAAGAGUACAGAUUAUUAGAUGGUAGAAUUCUUUCUAGAAUAAUGUAUUAAUGUUUUGUAGUACAAUAUCUGCUGGUGUGGCUGGAGUGAGGGAACAGUUAAAUAUUGGUAUCAGCUCCGCUUUGCAAAAAUGAAAUUAACUUGCUCACCAAAACAUGGCAUCAAGACAUUCUGUUAUUCCUGUUAUCAUUUAGAAAGAGGAGGGAAUAUCACACACUUGCAAAUGAGAUUCAACCUGGUGAAUAAUGUGACUUGGCCUUUGUUUGUGGCACCUCCCAGUGUUUUCAUAUAUUCCCUGGGUUUGCAGAAGCUUUUUCGGUGAAAUUUUAAAUAGCAUUCGACUAUGUAGUGUGUGUAUUUUAAUUUUUUUGCUUUGAAGAACUUGGUAACCUUUACCAAUUCAUUGUGGAUCGAAAAAAAACUUUCCACUAGUGAAAACGGAGUGUUGUGUGGUUUUAUAAACAUUUUAUCUCAAGCACUUUAUAACCUCUUUUGUGUAACCUGCUAAUCCUUAUAUCCGUCCACAGCUCUCUACUGACCUAGCGGAAUUUGUACUCAGAAACGUCCAGUUAAAAUACAAAAGAGAAACAAAAGAUAAAAUAGCAAUUGUCUUUGUAAGAGUAAAUACAUCUUAACCGAGCAUUUUUACAUUUUCUCAUGUCAGAAUAUUUUUGAGGUGUAGACAACUUUGUAUAGAACGUCUGCUCACUGUUAAAUCCCUCUUUGUAUUCAGUCUCAGUGGUCCAGUCGAGUCUGUCCGCAAACAGCCAUUCUCACUAAAGCAUUGUCGUUUUUCUGCAUCUUACUGGUUAGUAGGCCUUUUGACAAAACACCUAAAAUACGGAUUCAUUUAGUCUGUCAUGAAAUGAAGGAUUUUCAUUGGUUUUCUCUUUGUACCAACUCAUAUUCAGUCUGUCACUUGGGGCUGUUUUACGUCGUCUCGUGUUAAGUUUAUUGUUGGUAGCGUGUGCAGGUUGGCACCGCGUGAAGUUGGCAUCCAGUUACCUGUCCCGUGUUGUGAACAAGGGCUGGCUGGUUAAUGAAAUCUGUUACAUGGAGGCCGCCAUUUUGAUUUUAUCUAUGGUGCUAUGUACAGGAGUGAUGGGCACUUCUGCUGUGAUGUUAGUACAGUUUCUGCUAUCAAUAGCACUGGUAUUAGGUGUUCGUUAUGAAGCAAAGUGGAGUCUACAGAGCUGGCUGUUGUUGCGGGGUCAGACUGGAGUGCACCCAGGCAUACCAAAGUUCCUGUUGUGAAUCGUUGCCAUUUUGUCUCAUCCUUGUCCUUGCAAACGCCCUCAUGAUGUUUACUCAUUUGUACUUAGUCAUUUAAAUCAUGCAGCUCUCACAUGGAUAGCAAGUCAGCAUGUUUUACAAGAUUUAUAAAAGAUAUGUAAAAGGUACUUUGUUUCAUGCAUCAGCUUAUCUGUCACUAACAUUUCCACCGAUUUGAUACUUUAUAUUUGUCAUUACUCUAUUUUUUGAUGCAGAAUGACACUGCUGUACUUUCCAUAUCCAACAGUAGCCAAUUUGUCAUGAUCAGAAAGCCAAUUUUUUGAGAAUAAUUCAGCGUGUUAGACUAGCAUUGCUCGCAUUUGUUUACAUUUUCAUAGUCAUGCUCUUUUUGUCCUGCAGCUGUUAGUGAUCCAUUUUAAAGUAACUUAUCUUUUCUAGAAUUUUGUAUCCAUGUAUCAAAAUGUAGAGUAUUUUUGUAAAAAAAACUUUUUGGUUUAUGCUCAUAUAGCACAGAAUAUCAUUGCUGGUGUGUUUUCCUGAAAUGAAGCGCAGGUUUAUCAUGAAGUGUGUGACUGAAAUUAGAAAUUAAUGGACAUCACGCAAAUAUGUUAGAACUUCAUUCUACUGUUGUGAUACUGAAUUUACCCAAACCGUAGAACAUAAUACGUGGACUAGGUUUCUUGUGUGUGGUUUUUUUUUUUUUUUUUUACUUGUUUUUUUAUGUCAUGCAUCUCAAAUGGCACUUUGACUCAUCCAUUAACUGUAGAUCAGGUUAGAGUGCAGUAGUGACGUUUCCAAGCAUUCCAUUCCUCUUGGUUAGGGGAGUUUAAGAGCACAUUGAUCUUGUGGAAGAAGUGCGGAACAGUUAUGCCUCCUAAAGCCAUACCAACACAGAAAGCCAACCUGUGACUUCAGUUUCAUGAAUGUAAAUUUUACCUCAUGGUGUGGACACGGAGCUUGCUCUACAUCGAACAUCGGACCAAUUACAGUUUUAGAGAACUUCUAUUGUGAGGCAGAGGGGAUGGGUGGGGUGGCACCAGCUGUCAUUUGUGUCACCGUGCAUUUGUCGAAAUUGUUUUGUCUCGGAUUGUGGUGUAAUUUCAUGUUUUCGCGUCCGGCCCUGUCAUUUGGAGCAAUCCAGGAGGCUCAGUCUGACUCUUUGAAUAGCCACUCCCACCUGAAAAACCCAUGUUAAACAUUGAUGUGAUGGUGGUGAAGAGAGCACACAAAUCUUUGCAUAAUAUUGUUUUUUUUCCUUUUUGUCCUUCAGUCAUGUAAAUUAAUAUCCAUGUAUAUUUAAAUGUGAAAUAUACUGCAGGGGUAUCUUGAAUUUCAAUUGUGAUGCUUUCAACAGAACUUUGUGUGCCUUGAUAACUUAACCGUUGCUCUGCUGUGUUUACUGGUGUCCCUUUUGUGCCCCUUGUCCUUUUCAUUCUCUAGGACUGUUUUAACAUGAGGACACUUUUCAGUCAUUUGAUUUCUCAACGCAAGCAUAACCAUAGCCCAUACUAAUAUAUUUUAGUGCUAACAGUUUCUCAAUCUAUUGCAAGAUAUCAGAGUGAUUACUCUCAACAUAAUAUUGUGCAGCCUCACCAGUGAAUUGUCACCUUGUUUGUUGUUUUCUAUUGAAAAUGUUAUUUUUUUUUCCAUGCCUCAUGAGAUUUGUACAUGUGAGGUAAAAGGGACGCGACAGUGGAGAUUGUUUUAUGGAGAACUUUGUGUUGAUGUGCUUGUCAACAUUACUAUUGUUGCUGUGAAGUGCUUGAUCAAAAGGGGCAGCCAUGAUAAAUUAACUGUUAAUUGCCAAUAGUGUGAGCUGUAUCUUGUGUGUAAUCAGUUUGCUCACUUUUCCUAGUUCGCUUUCUAUUUCACAUUCUCCAACAGUUCUGUUGUAUCCGUUCUGUGUAGCUUGAGCUUUAGUAGCCUUAAGACCCUGCAGUAGGGAUAAAGGUCAACCCCGGCGUGUUAUUAUACAUAUGAACUAUUAUUAACAUGUACUUUGCCUUUGUCUGGACAUUUGUAUACUCUUCUGUUUAUAUCUGUAAUCCUGCUGCUACAUUAAAUGAAUUAAUAAAAA